AUGAUUUAUGUUUCUGCAGGGUUUGAAAUUGAUUGGUGCACACUUUUCCAGAUAAUUGAGGGGGUCGCCCAGGGCAUGCACUGCCUACAUGAACAAGGCAUUGCCCAUUUGGAUCUGAAACCAGGCAAUGUCCUCUUGGAUUCUGAUAUGAAUCCAAAGAUUAUUGACUUUGGAAUAUCUGAAGUGUUGCGUGACAACAAGAUCUAUACCCGUGGCAAUGCUGUAAGAGGCACAAUGGGAUAUAUUGCUCCAGAAUACAUGGCGGACGGCAUCGUGUCAACAAAGAACGAUGUGUACGCCUUUGGCAUAACCCUCAUUGAGACUAUUGGCAGUAUCCGCGUAUUGAAACCACCCAGAGAAUACCCCUUAGAUGGAUGGCUAAAGGAGAUCAAGAGAUGCGUGGAGGUAGCACUGCUGUGCACUCAGUGUGAUCCAGCAGACCGGCCCCCCAUGGAGGAUGUUCUUCAGAUGCUACCUGGCCUGAAAAAGUUGCCAACCCCAAAGAAACCAAGUUAUAUGUUACCGAUUCGCAAGACUCAUGGUUUUGGACUCUCCUCCGUCUGA